CAGCGUGACGUAACGCCUCUAGCGUCGCGGUGGCUUAUGGGUAGCGCCGCCAUAUUGUGAGGCCGUCGCCGUUCCGCAAAUCUGUCAGGCCAGGGGUCCGCUAAUAUAUAAAUUAUAUAUUUUUCCAUUAAUUUUUAAGUUAUGGGGCGAACAUGCUGUGUAGUCGGUUGCAGUGUCCGUUCACACGACCGACAAGGUACAAAAUUAGACAACGCAUUGUCUUUCUUUAGCUUUCCUGUCUGGAGGAAGAAUCAAGGAAGCUAUGUGUCGGAUGUUACAAAAAGACGCCGGCUGUCGUGGAUUUCAGCCGUAAGACGAAAAGACAUCAACUUUUCAAGCAUCCCAAGAUCGUUAAAAGUGUGUUCCAGACAUUUUUAUUCAGGGAAACCAUCUUAUGAAAUGGAUGAGUCAAAUCCUGACUGGGCUCCAACACUGCACCUGGGACACUCUGAAGUGCGUGCUACCGAGUCAGACCGGUAUUCUCGUCGAUUACAACGAGAACAAAUGACCGUGCCAAUAGCAGGAGACGACGGUGAAUCCCAAAUGCAGAGAGAAACCACUGCAGAACCGGUGGGAUCAGCACAUGAAAAGGAAGGUGGUGACCAGGCAGAGGCAGAAGUGGCAGCAGAUGCUGCAGGUGGUGACCAGGCAGAGGUGGGAGCUGUAGAAGAUGAGUGUGGAGAAUGGGCAGAUGUGGAAGCCGCAGAGGAUGAGGGUGAGGAAGGUGGAAACCAGGCAGAAGUUGACAUGCCAGUUAAGAGACAAAGAAGAGAAUGUCAGUUCUGUGAGCGCAACAGUGCAGAAGUUAACCAUCUGUUGCAGGAGAACAGGGAGCUUAGGUGUGAGCUGAACAAGAGAAAGAUGGAU